AUGUUGGAAGAGGUGACCAAAAACACUGCGAGAAACAUCACUAAUGGUAUCCUGCUGCAAGUCUGCGAUCUGCAGAAGGCGGAUAAGGCCGAGAAAACCCGGGAGAAGAACAACGAUAAGAAGGACACCAUGAUAACGAACAACCGCGAGAGAAAAGCGACGCCCAAGGCAUUGGCUCUGUUCGCUUCGGAAUUUUUAGGGACCGGUCUCCUCAUGUUCCUGGGAUGUAUGGGAUGCAUUCCGCAAGUCGACGAUCCACCGGCAUUCCACCAUUUAUCUUCCCUAUCCUUCGGCCUGGUCAUUCUACUAAUCAUACAAGCCUUCGGUCACAUAUCAGGAGCCCAUUUAAAUCCUGCCGUAACCUUCGCAGCGGUGUUUCUAAAGGUAGUCUCGCCUCUAAUGUCUCUCGUCUACAUCUCCGCCCAAUUCUUCGGAGGCAUCCUGGGCUUCGCCCUCCUAAAGCUCCUGAUGCCCGCCGACUAUUGGCUGGACGGCUUCUGCAUGACUCUGCCGCAUAAGCUCAUCACCCCCAUGCAGGCGCUGGCCAUCGAGACCAUCAUAACGGCCACGUUGAUCAUCGUGGUGUGCGCGGUGUGGGACAAGAGGAACGAGGAUAAGCAGGACUCGGUGCCGGUGAGGUUCGCCCUGAUCGUGGCCGCGAUUUCCAUGGUUGCGGGCCCUUUGACCGGAGCCAGCAUGAACACGGUGAGAACGUUCGCUCCGGCAUUGUGGCUCAGCGAUUUCAGACACCAAUGGGUUUACUGGGUGGGACCGAAUAUGGGAGCAGUUUUGGGUUGUGGAAUCUACAAAUACCUCUUCGCAGUUACAGAGGAUUCAUCUUUGGAUGGUGAAGAUAUGGUCCUGCAGGACGUGAAGAUGGAUAGCCUUAAAGGCUGA